AUGCGAGAACAACAAUCCAUUCAAGCCGCAUUUUACAAGUUGGAUGAUAAAAGUAAGCAUGAAUAUCGGAUUCGGUUAAACACUUCAAUCGAUGUGGUAAGACUUCUCUUGGAUCAAGGUUUUGCAUUUCGUGGUCAUGACGAGAGUGAAUCAUCAUUGAACAAGGGUAAUUUUCUUGAAGUUCUUUCUUGGUUAGCUGCUAGAUGUGAUGCAAUUAAACCUUUUGUGUUAGAAAAAGCUCCAAAAAAUAAUAAAAUGACUUCUCAUGACAUCCAAAAAGAUAUUGUGACUGCGUGUAAGAUUGAAAUAGUUAAGGCAAUAAUAGAGGACAUAAAUAGUGACUACUUUGAUUUAUUGGUUGAUGAAUCUAGAGAUGUGUCAUGCAAAGAGCAAAUGGCUAUUUGUCUAAGAUAUGUUGACAAAAUGGGAUUUGUGAUGGAGGUAUUUAUUGGACUUGUUCACAUUAAAGAUACUAGUGUUUUAUCUCUAAAGAAAGCAAUUGUAGAUGUACUUGCUCACCAUUCUUUGACUUUAUCUAAUGUACGUGGGCAAUGUUACGAUGGGGCAAGUAAUAUGCAAGGUGAGCUAGGUGGUCUUAUAACGUUGAUUAGACAAGAAAGUAGAUCGGCUCAUUCUGUUCAUUGUUUUGCUCAUCAACUUCAAUUGACUCUUGCUGCGGUUUCUAAAAAGUGUGUUCAAGUAGGUGAACUUGUAUUAUUAAUUUCAAAUAUUUUGAAUGUGUUGGGAGCUUCUUUUAAACGUGUGGAUAAUUUUCGAGAAUCUCAAAAAAAGCAUCUCCAAAUGGCAUUGGAUAUGGAUGAACUAGAAACGGGUAGAGGGUUGAAUCAAGAACUUGAUGUUUUAGGAAUCACAAAUGAUCUUAAUGUUUCAUUACAGAAAAAUGAGCAAGACAUUGCAAAUGCCAUGAUUCUUGUAAAGGUAGCAAAGAGAAGGUUGCAAGCUUUAAGAGAUAAUGAAUGGGAUCCUCUCUUUAAAAAAAAUAUUGGAUGGGAUUCACUUAAAGAAAAGGUAGAAGCAUUUUGUAUCAAGCAUGGCAUUUCAUUACCCAAUUUUGAAGAUCCAUAUACUAAUUAUGGGAGAUCACGACGUAAUGUAGUUAUUUGUACUACUUUGCAUCAUUAUCGUGUGGAUGUGUUUUAUAAAAUCAUUGAUUGGCAACUACAAGAACUUAAUGAUCGUUUCAAUGAGGUGACAAGUGAUUUGCUUAAUGGAGUAUCUUGCAUGAAUCCAAUUGAUUCAUUUUCUAGUUUUGACAUAAAAAAGAUAAUGAGAAUGGCUGAAUUAUAUCCUGAUGAUUUUGAUGGGUCCAACAUGAGAGCUCUUGAGAAUCAACUUGUUAAUUACAUUAUUGAUGUUCGUGAUAUUGAUGAAAGGUACUUCAAUUUGGGUGGACUUGGAGAACUUUCAAGAAAGUUGGUUGAGACAAAGAAGCAUUUAAUCUAUUCUCUCGUAUUUCUUUUAGUGAAGUUUGUUUUGCUUCUACCUGUUGUCACUGCUACAGUUGAAAGAGCUUUUUCGGCAAUGAAGAUUAUCAAGAAUGACUUGCGAAAUCGAAUGGAUGAUGAAUUCUUAAAUGGUUGCAUAGUGCCUUAUGUAGAGAAAAAAUAUGAACACCCUUGGCGAAAAUCCUGGCUCCGCCAUUGUUGGAGACGGCUCGCUGGAGCUGCUGGCUGCUGGCUCCUGCUCGCCAGUGGAAAAGAGGGAAGCAGCGAUGGGAAAGGGAGGAGAAGAAAGAGAUUGGCGCCGGGGUUGCUGCUGGUCGCAACUGCUGCUAGUCGCCGGAGCGAGGAAAUAGACGGGGGCGGCUGCUGGAGAGAGAUAGAGGAGAGAAAAUGUGAAAAAAAUGAGAACGUUGGAGGGCAACCGAAAAUUGAUAGGAGCCGCACGUUGGAUGAAUCUCCAACGGCUCUAUACGAGAGGAUAAGGACACUCGAUUUUCUGGACUGGGCUCGCGAUUUGCUGGAGCUUGUGUUUCGCACUUUGAAAUGGAGGUGGGGUCAAGGCAUUCCAAAGAAAGAGAAAGAAGAUGGAAAGUUCAACGAAGAAGAAGAAGAAAAGGGUGAUGCAAUGGUGGUUGAGGCGGCAGAUCUGAAGAGAAAGAAAGAGGGUGAGGUUUCUAACAGGAGAAAUAGGGUCGAAAUGGGGGUUUCAAAGAAGGAGAAACAAAAAGGUGGGGAUGGUGGUUGA